UGAGCGGAUAGAAACUGUUGUACUCUCUGCCGGUGCACUGUAAAGGAAUAUAGUAAUUGUGAUGGCGGUCGAUGGGAAGCAGUUACGGCGGGGUUGCUUAGUCUAUUUCCUUGUAUGUUCUGUUGUCCUCGUUGCAUUUAUUCCAGAGUCUGCCAGCAGGCGGCAGAGGGGGCAUGUUGACAGGAGAUACCAAGGCAGAUAUGAUACUGUUUAUUCUCAGGGUCCACAUGCAUGUGAUGAGUCAAGCUGUUACCCAGCCACAGGAAACCUGCUGAUUGGAAGAGCAGACAAAAUAAAGGCUUCCUCAACCUGUGGGUUAAACCAUGUAGAACGUUAUUGUAUAGUUAGUCACCUAAAGGAAAGAAAAAAGUGUUUUUACUGUGAUUCUAGACCUUCUAGGAAAAAUGAACCACAAUUAUAUCAUGGAAUAGAGAAUAUUGUUUCUAGAAUAGGGAGAAAAUGGACUGAAUGGUGGCAAGCUGAAAAUGGAGUACAAAAUGUUACACUUCAGCUGGAUCUGGAGGCAGAAUUCCAUUUUACUCAUGUUAUUAUCACUUUUAAAACUUUUAGACCAGCAGCUAUGCUUAUUGAAAGGUCACAUGAUUUUGGACAAUCAUGGGAGGUGUACCAGUAUUUUGCAUACGACUGUCAUGAAUCUUUUCCUGGCAUUCCAACGCAACCAAGACAGAGAAUUACUGAUGUUAUAUGUGAUUCAUACUACUCUCGUGUAGAGCCAUCCACAGGAGGAGAGGUAAUUUUCAGAGUUCUUCCACCCCACAUUCCAGUUGAUGAUCCUUACAGUCCUGAAGUACAAAACUUGCUUAAGAUGACCAAUCUGAGAAUCAACUUCACAAAGCUUCAUACCCUUGGUGAUAACCUGUUGGACUCCCGAGAAGAGAUCAAAGAAAAAUACUACUAUGCUAUUUAUGAUAUGGUUGUCAGAGGGAGUUGUUCAUGUUAUGGCCAUGCUAGUAGAUGCAUAGAAGAAGGGGAACAAAUAUCAAGACCUGAUAUGGUCUUUGGAAAAUGUGAAUGCACUCAUAAUACAAAAGGACGAAACUGUGAACAAUGUGAGGACUUCUAUAAUGACCAACCAUGGAGACCUGCUGUAGGUCUGGAGACCAAUGCCUGUAAAGAAUGUAACUGCAAUGGACAUGCCACUAGAUGUCACUUUGAUCCAGCUGUGUGGGAAGUAACAGGCAGAGUAAGUGGUGGUGUGUGUGAUGAUUGUGAACAUAAUACCAUGGGUAGAAACUGUGAACAAUGUAAACCUUUCUUCUACCAGGACCCCAACUUAGAUAUCUGGGACCCUAGUAUUUGUCAAGCAUGUGACUGUGAUCCUCGUGGAUCCCUGGAAGAUGGGAUUUGUGACUCUCGAACUGAUCCUGCAGCAGGACUUGUAGCAGGUGCUUGUCACUGUAAAACAAAUGUAGAUGGUCGCCGUUGUGAUAGUUGUAAAAAUGGAUACUGGAAUUUCCAUUCUGACAAUCCAGUUGGUUGUGAACCUUGCACUUGCAACACACUUGGUACCAUUGGUAAUCAUGGUUGUAACGUCUUCACUGGAGAAUGUACUUGUAAGAGAAAUGUGGUUGGAAGAGACUGUAAUCAGUGUUUGCCAGAGCAUUGGGGAUUGAGUUCUAAUGAAGAAGGAUGUCAACCUUGUAACUGUGAUCCUGGUGGUUCUUUUGAUAACAACUGUGAUGUAGUGACUGGCCAGUGCCGUUGUAGACAUCAUUUAAGGGGGCGUAUGUGUGAUCAACCAGAAUCUGGAUUUUUUGUUGGAAACCUGGAUUAUAUGGUUUAUGAAGCAGAACUUGCUAGAGGCUGUCCUCAUUGCCAAGUUCUGGUACGUGAGCCAACUGGGGAUAGAGAAUCUACAUGGACAGGAUUAGGAUUCAUGAGAGUGCAUGAAGGAUCUGAGCUAGUGUUUGAUGUUGGAAAUGUUCCAGAAUCUUUGGAAUAUGACAUUGUCAUUAGAUAUGAACCACAGUUACCAGGAAAAUGGGAAGAGGCAAAAGUUUUGAUCAAAAGACCAGGACCAGUGGAUCCCACUGGUCUAUGUGCUAAUACCAUCCCACAGGAUGAUAUAAAAACUGUUACAUUGCCAUCAGGAGAAAGGUUUGCAGUUGUUUAUCCACCUGCCUGUCUUGAGAAAGGACUGGAUUAUAAAGUACAUAUUGAAUUUAAGCACUAUGACAAGGAAACUGACAACCCCAAAGCAACAGUGUUAGUAGAUUCAAUUGCACUUGUUCCCCGCAUCGACAGUAUUCCCUUCUUUCAAGGUACUCAACUUGAUGAAUACCGCCGCCAGGAGUUUGAACGCUUCCGUUGUGGACAAGCAUUUUUCACAGUAGUACGACCAUCUUCUCCAGAUGUUUGUAAAAAAUACCUGUAUAGUAUUGGAUUUUAUGUCUAUGGUGGAGGAAAAGAAUGCUCCUGUGACCAAACUGGAUCACUUAGUAAUAUGUGUGACCAACUAGGAGGUCAAUGUAAGUGUAAACCAAAUGUUGUGGGUCGAAGGUGUGACCGCUGUGCCCCAGGUACAUUUGGAUUUGGUCCAGCUGGUUGUAGACCUUGUGAUUGUCACAGUAUUGGGUCAUUGGACAACUUGUGUGACUCUGGAACAGGCCAAUGCAAAUGUCGACCAAAUACUUAUGGACAACAGUGUGAUGAAUGUCAGCCUGGAUACUGGAACUACCCAACCUGCCAGCGUUGUGACUGCAAUGGUCAUGCUGACACUUGUGACCCCAAAACAGGUUUUUGCAUUGAUUGUCGAGACUUUACAGCAGGUGCAAAUUGUGACAAAUGUGAAACUGGCUUUUAUGGUGACCCAAGAAUUGGGGUGGAAAUACCCUGUCGGCCUUGCCCUUGUCCUGGAACACCAGAUAGUGGAAUAUACCAUUCUAAAGGAUGUGACCUUGACCCUCGAACUGAAAAUGUUUUGUGUGCUUGUGAUCUAGGAUAUGCAGGAGAAAGAUGUGAUCGAUGUGCCAACAAUUAUUAUGGGAAUCCAAAUGCCCUUGGAGGUGAAUGUUUUAAAUGUGAAUGCAACAAUAACAUUGAUGAAACUGUACCUGGAAACUGUGAUGCUAACACAGGAGAAUGUCUACUCUGUCAGUUCAACACUGAAGGAUCCCACUGUGAGCACUGUAAACCUGGGUUUUAUGGAGAUGCAACCAGACAACAGUGCAUUGAAUGUGUUUGUAACAAACUGGGCACAGAUUCUACUGCUGGAACUUGUGAUCGGACAACAGGCCAAUGUCCAUGUCUGCCAAAUGUUUUAGGUCAAGUGUGUGAUGAAUGUGCACCCAAUCAUUGGAAACUGGCUAGUGGUGAGGGGUGUGAGGCUUGUGAUUGUGACCCAUUGGGAUCAUAUGAUCCACAAUGCAAUGAGUUUGAUGGACAGUGUCGAUGCAAAGCAGGACAUGGAGGAAGACGAUGUAAUGAAUGUGAAGCCAACUACUGGGGAAAUCCAGCUAUCCAAUGUUAUCGAUGUGAAUGUAAUCCAGAAGGGUCAGCUACACUUCAGUGUCAUAGAGACAAUGGUACAUGUGUGUGUUUGGAUGGUAUAGCUGGUGACUGGUGUGAUCAGUGUGCACGAGGUCACACUGGAAGAGCACCUUACUGUGAUCCAUGUGGAGAAUGUUUUGAUAACUGGGAUCUAAUUAUACAGGAAUUGAAAGAUCGUACUCUGAGACUGGUAGAUCAAGCUAAAAAUAUCAAAGAUACUGGAACUACGGGUGCUUACACAGAUGAGUUUUCUGAGAUGGAGAAAAAGUUAGAUGAAGUGAGAGAGAUUUUAGAUAGUGCUAAUGUGACAGGGGCAGAUAUUGAUGAACUUCAGAAGCUAAUAGAUGAAUUAAAAAUGAACCUGACAAAUAGCAAAGUUGAGCUGAAAGAUGUGGAAAACCACUUAAAAAAUACAACAGAUAGAAUUUAUGAUGCAAAUCUAGCUUUAUCAGAUCUGCGACGCAGAGCUGGAGACCUAACAUCUGAUGCAAAAGACCUCAAGGACAAUGCAACAGCUCUCCAAGAGGCUAAUGUUGAAGGUGCCUUCAAUAUAACAAAGGAUGCCCAACGAAGGUCAAGGGCUGCUGAAGGUCAGGUUAAGGAUGCAACACCUCUUAUUUAUGACUCUGAACGUCAAAGACGUCGUACAGAAAAUCUCCUAGAGCAGGCCCAAGGUGGUUAUAACAAAAGUUAUGAAGAAAAUGAAGCAGCUCUGAAUGAUAUAGCAGAUCAACUAGACAGACUGGAAGGUGGUAUCACUGAUAUCAACAAUAUGGUGUGUGAUGGAACUGGAACUGUGGACAGGUGUGACUCACUUUGUGGUGGAGCUGGCUGUGAGAAGUGUGGUGGAAUUAGCUGUGGGGAAGGAGCUGUUACUAAAGCUGAUAAUGCCCUAGAUUUAGCUAAAGAAGCUGAGAAAAUCCUCAAUCAGAAAGAAGGUGCAGCAAAAGAUUUACUUGAGAAAGUAAUAGAUGCUAAAAAUGAUGCUGACUUAGCUCUAGAAGAGGCCAAGCUAGCUUUUGCUCGUGCUCAAUCAGCCAGAAACUUCUCUGAAAAUGCAACUGGAGAUAUUGAAGAACUUUUAGACAGAAUUGAGAACUUUCUUUCUGCUCAAGGAGCUAGACCUGCAGAAAUACGAGCUUUGGCAGAAGAGUGUCUAGGCUUGAAGAUCUCCCUCCAGCCAGAACAAAUUACAGAGCUUGCACAGCAGAUUAAUCACACUAUUAAGAGUCUAACAGAUAUUGAUGCCAUUUUGAAUGCCACUGCAGAUAACUUGGCCCUUGCUAAAGGUCUCAAGGAACGAGCUGACCAAGCAAAGAUCAAUGCAGAUGGCAUAUUGGGUAAUGCCCAGUUAGUACAGCAAUUAUUAGAUGAAGCUGAAGAGGCUCAAGAGAAGGCAAAAGCAGCCAUUGAUGGAGCUAAAGGGGACAUUGGUGCUGCUGAAGUGGAUUUGGCUCAAAUUGGAAGUGAAACUGGUGCUGCACAAGAGAUAACUAACAAAUCCAUGGAGGAUGUGGAAGCCUUAAAAGAUAAGCUAGAUGACCUGAAGAAAAAGUUUGUACAGAAUGAAAUUGAUGCACAGAAAGCUACACGAGAGACUUCAGUAGCUGACAAAUUAGCUAAAAAAGCAGAAGAGAAUGCUGGAGAACUGGAUGAAAAGUACAACAAAGCUGCUGAAGAUCUAGAUGAGAAAACCCAAAAGAGUGGAUAUGCUAAAGAAAGAGCAGAAAAAUUGAAAGAACGAGCAAAGAAGUUAGCUGAAGAUGCAAACAGCAAAUUAAAGGAACUUCAAGCAAUGGAUGAUGAGUUUGGCAAGAAUGAAUACAAACUGACAGACUACUCCAAAAUCUUGGAUGAUUUAAAUCAACAGAUGAUGGACCACUUAAUGACAAUUGAAGAAAGAUCUGCUUUUUACCGUGAUUGUCAAUUAUAAAAAAAAAAGGACAAGUACAUAAAUAUUUCCUUACUCGAUGGUCAGAUUAACUGUGGUAGUUGAGAUUAAGGUAUUUGACAAUUUCAAAACCAUAGGAGACACCAGUCAACCUUUGCAUUAUGCACUGUAUAUUGCAUGUGAUGUUAGUUUUCAAGUCUAAUUUGGCUUAACAGUUUCAUUAUUUCAUAUCUGUGUAAGAAAACACCAUAAUACAUGCAGGUUAUCUCAGAGCUUUUUCUAUAGAAAGAGUUGUUUGUUUAAAUCAAAUAUUUCUGGCAAUGCUUUUUCACCCCGAGUUUAACUGUAUGUGAUUUAAAUACUGCAUUGACAUAAAACGAGUUGUAUGUUAUAAAAGAUUUGACCUACAAGGAAUACGUUUAUGUGCUUGUAAACAACUUGUAUGAAGAAAUUGCUAUCUUUGUGUAUUUCUAGAUGAUUAUGAAGUUCCUUUUCAUACAUUAUUACACAACACACUCAUAUAUCUAUGUAUACUAUUUUACUCAGUUACUAGAAAAAAAAAAGUAUUACAGAUUUUAAUAAGAAAAGAGGCUAGUAAAAAAUGUGCAAUCACUUUCCAUUUUAAAGAUUAUAUUUUUUCUUAUUAAAUGUAAUUUGUUAACUAAUGUGUGUGUGUGUGUGUGCACAUAUGUAUUGUGUGUGUGUGUGUGUGAAAAACCCUGUCCUUUUUUGAGUUCAUUGAAACUGUUUGCAUUUCCAAAUAAGAUUGCAGAAACUUUUUUCCAGUGUAUAAAAGAAUAAUUUAUCUUUGGUUUGGAAAGUACAGAGAUAAAGUGGAAUUUUUUUACUGUUAAGUUUUGCAAUUGCUUGUGUGUGAAAAGAUCAUUGAAGUUUUUCACAUAUACAGUUUGAAUUAUUCAGUGUAAAAUUUAUAUAGAAUAAUAUGAUGCUAUUUGGAUAAUAUGUAUGUUGUUCAUUAUACUUUCAUACCUACUUUUUCUAUAAAAAGAAUUUUUUUAUAAAAUGUAACAAUAACACAUGUCAUGAGAAUAGUAAUUAUGGAAAUUGCAUGAGUUAAAACAUUAUUUAAAGGCAGUAUGUAAUACUGUUUUCAUGAAGUGCAUUUCAACACUAAUGUGGGUGCAACUGUGAAUGUGCAUUGCUUAAAAGAGCAAUGUUAAGACUAUGACUUUGCAUGAAGUUUUAAGUGUUUUGAUAGAAAUAAAGUAGUAUAAAUCUUAGUCAUAAUUUCUAAUUCUGUUCAGUGCAUGUAUUCUACUGAAAAUCUGUUUUAUUGAACUAGAGAAAAUUGAAAUCCAUCUUAAAGUGUAGGUACUACCUCUUGUUAUGUGUAGGCUCAGUUUUUAAAGAGAUAAAUUUUUUAGUUCCAUGUUUCAAAGAGAUUUUAUUUAAAAUAUGACAAAGCCAAUUUUUAUUUCGCAAUAUAAAGCUUUUAAGUAAAUAUUAGUAGCUUGGUCAUUUUCAUGAAUAUUUCUGGUUACUAGUAGCUUUACUGCUAAAGGUUUGAAUUUAUUUAGUUUUGAUACAAACAUUUUAUAUAGCAGUGUGAAUAAUAAAUACUUGUGUUCUCAGCCAUUAAUAAAAAGUAAUUAUGUUUGUCGA